AUGGGUAUGAAAGCGGACCAGUGGCGUUGUCCUACGAGUGCUCUUGGCAAUGAACGUAUCGAUCGUAUCGGUCCAGUCCAGCCGAGAAAGAGCGUACACUUUGAAAGUUUGCACGAUCAGCGAUAUGGUGGUUGUGAGGAUGUAUGCGGAGCGCAGCUGGCUCGACGAUUUCAAAUGGUUGAAUUCAAGCUCUACAAGUCCAAGGCCACGCAGCGCACGGCUCCGAAACGAGACACAUCUCCACUUUACGCGAAAAUCUCCAUUUUUGGUGUUUCGUAA